AUGUCUGAGAGAAGACACAGUAGAGGUCUCAAUGAGAAAGGAAAAAGCGUUGGUAAAGAAGAAGGAAAAGGAGAACAAGAUGAUUCAGAAAAAGCAACUAUGAAAGAUAGUAGUGACGACGAGGUCUUUGAGAAGAAGAAUGGUGGUACAGACGAAGAAGGACUAAAGGCUUCUUCUUUUUCAAGAAGUGAAGAAGAUGAUGAUCAUUAUAAACCCCAUGAUGGAUCUCCACCAUUAAUACCAGUACUGAAGAAGAGAAGCAAUGUUGGUUCUUCAAGUGACAAAGAACAUUCUGAGCUUCGUAGUGAUCAAUCUGUUCUACCAAUCAAGAAGCGAUUGUCUCAUCGUAUAACACUCGAAGAUGGUGAUGAGACCUGCAGUACUAAUGUUGUCCCACGAACAGUCAGUCGUGAUGUGACCCCCUCCAAUGAAGCAAUUCCAGAAGCAAACCCAGGAAAGAAGACAUGGCCAUCUCUCCCCCCAGUACCUAAAUUUUCAAGCCCAAACAGGUCGCCUAUACCCCCAGUACCUAAAUUUUCAAGUCCAAAUAGGCCACUUAUCCCCCCAGUACCUAAUUUUUCAAGUCCAAACAGAUCACUUAUCCCCCCAGUACCUAAAUUCUCAAGCCCCAGCAGGCCUUCUCUUCCCGCAGUACCUAUAUGUUCAAGUCGCAACAGAGAUAAGCCUCACACUAGCUCAAGCAAUACUAGCAAACCAGUAUUCAAGCUUGCACCACUUUUUCUUUUUGAGAAGACAUUGAUUUCUAGUGAUGUCCUUGGCCGUACCUCAAAGCUAGCCAUUCCAAGCGAAAAUGCAAUCCAUUUUCCAAAGCCAGACAUUGAAGGAAAAACCUCUAAGCAUGUGACGAUACGAAUCGUCGAUGAUCAAGAGGAGACACGUAAGAUGAAAUUCACAUUCCAUAAGAACAAAGGCUAUAGGAUUACACGAGGGUGGAAAGCUUUUGUUAAUGAGAAACAACUUCAGGUUGGUGAUGUGAUUAGGUUCUAUAGAUCUUUUGGCUGGAAAAAACACACUACCUACUCCAUCAAAUGUGGCGGCGCACCAAAGGGUGAUGAUUCGAAUGAUGAUCCUGUUCAGAGGUCUAGGGAGCCCGAAAACGAUGUCGUUGAGGUUGGUAGAAUUGCUGGAGGUAUCUAUCAACAAGGUCGCUCUUGGGGCAGUUACGGUCGGAGGAGACAAGGUAAACGUGUUCGUGUUGAACGUAAAAGGAAGAGCUCUCCGAUACACGGGGAAAAUGUUAAUCUAUCUGAAUACCUCAGUGAUGAUUCUUAUGAGUCUCCCGAUGGUGACAGUGAUCCCAUAGAUAGUGCUUAUGAAUACGCCGGUGAUGAAGAUGCUGUUGAUGACAAUGACGAUAAUAAUAAUGGUGGUGGUGGUGGUAUUGGUGGUGAAGACUAG